GCGCUGCCGGUCCCGUCCCCGCCGCGCCGGGCGCGAAGUUUUCAGGACGAUAAGAGCUGCAGGAGUGUAAGGGGAAUACUUGCUAAACUCUGCCUCCUCUAUUAUUUAUGUCCGAGCAUGAUUUAUGAGGAAUCAAAGAUGAACUUGGAGCAGGAGAGGCCUUUUGUCUGCAGUGCCCCAGGCUGCUCACAGCAGUUGCAUGACACCUUACGGUUUGUCAUCCCAGACAGCACGGCAGCAAAUGUGUUUCUAAAUCAAGUGCAGCGUUUUCCAACAGAGGAUCAUCUGAUGAUUCACAGGCACAAACAUGAAAUGACUUUGAAGUUUCCUUCAAUAAAAACAGAUAAUAUGUUAUCAGAUCAGACUCCCACACCAACACGAUUUUUGAAGAACUGUGAGGAAGUCGGCCUCUUCAACGACAUCGACUGCUCCCUGGAGCACGAGUUCAGGAAGGCACAAGAAGAAGAGAACAACAAAAGGAAUAUCUCCAUGCAUAACACAGUUGGAGGAGCAAUGGCAGGACCUGGAUCCCACCAGCUGACAAACACAAGGAUGCCAAACCAUGACACCAGCGUUGUGAUUCAACAAGCCAUGCCGUCUCCACAGUCCAGUUCUGUCAUUACACAAGCACCUUCCACAAAUCGGCAGAUUGGGCCUGUCCCAGGUUCUCUGUCUUCACUACUGCACCUACACAACCGACAAAGACAGCCUAUGCCUGCCUCCAUGCCUGGCACCCUGCCCAACCCCACCAUGCCAGGAUCUUCUGCUGUUCUCAUGCCUAUGGAGCGACAAAUGUCAAUGAACUCCAACAUCAUGGGGAUGCAAGGGCCGAACCUCAAUAAUCCAUGUGCUUCACCUCAAGUUCCCCCAAUGCAUUCAGAAGCCAAAAUGAGAUUGAAGGCAGCACUGACUCAUCAUCCUGCCGCCAUGUCGAAUGGGAAUAUGAACACCAUGGGCCACAUGAUGGAAAUGAUGAGCUCGCGACAGGACCAGACACCACACCAUCAUAUGCACUCACAUCCUCAUCAGCACCAGACACUGCCACCUCAUCAUUCAUACCCACAUCAGCACCAGCAUCCGGCACACCAUCCUCAUCCUCAGCCUCAUCACCAGCAGAACCAUCCCCACCACCACUCCCACUCGCACCUUCACGCACACCCGGCACACCACCAGACCUCACCGCACCCACCGCUGCACUCGGGCGGACAAGCACAGGUUUCGCCGGCGGCGCAGCAGAUGCAGCCCACGCAGACGGUACAGCCACCACAGCCGACUGGAGGCCGCCGGAGGAGGGUGGUGGAUGAAGACCCAGAUGAGAGGAGGCGGAAAUUUCUGGAAAGAAACCGAGCUGCUGCCACGCGCUGCAGACAGAAGAGGAAGGUCUGGGUGAUGUCACUGGAAAAGAAAGCAGAAGAGCUCACCCAGACAAACAUGCAGCUUCAGAACGAGGUUUCCAUGCUGAAAAAUGAGGUAGCACAGCUGAAACAGUUAUUGUUAACACAUAAAGACUGUCCGAUAACAGCUAUGCAGAAAGAAUCACAAGGAUAUCUAAGUCCCGAGAGCAGUCCUCCUGCAAGCCCAGUCCCAGCUUGCUCCCAGCAGCAAGUCAUCCAGCACAACACCAUAACGACCUCCUCCUCCGUCAGCGACGUCGUGGGAAGCUCCACUCUCACCCAGCUCGCCAGCCACAGAACAGACAUCAACCCCAUCCUUUGAAAGUGGUUGAUCAGAAACUGCUGGGGGAGUGUGGUACCGUAUCAAAGCGUCCUCUCUGCUAAGGACAUUUACAACUGUAACUCAAGCCUGGAAGAUUCCUCAGUUCUUGAAAGACUCUGGCUAUUCAUUUUUAUAGUUAUUAAAAUGUCUUUUAUACUUAGUUACAUAAAAGGGAGUUACGCAAUUAAUAUUCUAUCAGCUUGAGAAAUGCUUCGGUGCUUUCUCCAUUUUUUUGGUACCAGUUACUUGUUUAUAAACCUAACUGUUUCUGUACAUAGUCAUGUUUCCUUCUCACCAAUCUAGCCUGCAGCCUCAGAAAUGCAAAGCUGUGUUAAACUGCAGCUUGUUAGCCUAUGUGAGGCAUGAAAAGUAUUAAACAGAGUCAAACAUAGGUAACUAGGAGUAAUUAGGCCAUAAAUAUAGACCGAGGGCAUCUGCUGACAGCAUAAUAAAAAAGAGUUAGCGUUGUGCUAUCAGCAGACCGCGUCUCACAUUCAGAGCCUCUUUCAGAGCAGUUAUAUAGGAUGUGGCUUCAGGACAAAAUCAAGCCCAAAUAGCGUGCUCUUUUGUCUAGCCCUCCCCCUUCUCCUCUUUCCCCUACCCUGGCCUUUUUCUCCUCCAGUUAUUCUCACACCUUCCUUUUCCCUUCCCUUUUCAUUUUCCAGCUGUUUUUUUCCUUGCUUUUUUUCCUUGCCUUUUUUUUCUCAUUUCAAGGCUUUCUCGCUUCCCUCUUUUUCUCAAAGAAUGGUAAUGAACAAGAAAAACUUCAAGCCCACCUAAAAACUGUCAGCACGGCUGCUGCUUUCACUAGCUCUUCACCAGCAGUUGGGCUGCGCCAAGCAUUUGGCUUUUAAAAAAUACAAAUGCUCCUGAUUUAGUGUUUUUAAUAAAUAGGGAAAGGUGAAAACAGCGCAGCCGCAGGUGAAGCAGGAUGGUGAGCCAGCUGUGUUGAUGCUAGCAGCCCUGUAUGCUUCUGUGGUGCAGUAGAGGCAUAGUGAGCAACAUCUGAGAGUCACAGCAAUGUUUUGCACUGCCAGUCAUUAAUGUAGGAAAAUCCAUGUAGUAUAUAGUAAUUCGGAAAAGUUCAGUUCCCUAACCUGGUUGCAUUGUUCUAGCAACGAAAGCUAAGAGCCUCAGGCUUCAUGGGCUAUAAAUGGGAAAUAAAUCAGUGUAAUGGUUCUGACCAGCUGGAAAAAUGCCAUUUUUAAUUCCCAGGGAAAGACCUGCUCUCUGCAGGCAUUCCUUUAAAUGUUCACAGACUGAUCCCAAGCUGGCAGACAGCAGUGUAGCUUCACUGACUUUAAUGGCACUUCACACCCGCUUAUCCCGGGUAAGGAAUUGUUCUUUAGGACGCUAAAUAAUUUUUAGAAGGCAUGCAUCAGCUAAAAAAUGCUGCAAGAAUGCCAAGUCCCACACUUGGGUUAAAAUACAGUCCUGCAGAGAGGGUCUGGAAAAGAGCCUUAUGCUACAAUUAAGGUUUUUGUUUGGACUCCGAGCCUGCCCCUCAGCACAACUGAUUUGCAUCCCCGAGUGGUCCCAGUGAUUGAUGGGAAAAUCAGACAGAGAUGAUGCCAGUUAAUUAUGCUGCCUUGCUGUAUACUGGGACCUGAUUUUGCUCUCAAAUCUGUCAGAGGCAAAACCUCCCGCUGCUCACCCAGGGAGCAAGCUCCAAGCUGGUGAAAAAUGUUCAAACAUUUUGAGCUGCAUCUUCAAUAGCAAAAUUCACAUUAUUCUCAGCAAAUCCUCUAGCCCUGAACACACUUUGUUCUGAAGCAAAGCUCUCUUCCUCAAAGACUGUGUCUUUGGUCUUUGGAGGACUCAUGAGUUUUAAAAGGGCAGGUCUGGGAGAGUAAAACAACUGAAGUGUGAGGAGGCUCUGUAAGGAGCAAGGCCUGUCUGAAAGGGAAAGUGAAUUUCUGAGCAUCAUUCACCGCUGAAUUAGUUCUUAUCUUGUGACUAACUUUUUAUCAGUAUCUUUUUCUUUAACAGCUCGCUUUCCAUUUAUGCAAAUACAUUCACAAGAAGAUUUUUAAUGUACAGUGUAAAUCUUGACUUGAUUAUAUAGUCUAAGAACCAAAAAAAAAUUAUGAAAAAAUACAAAUGUAAAGGAUUUUCUAUUAUAUUUUAGACAAACAUAUACUUUUAAAGUGUUUUAAAUACUGAAUCUAUAAUUUUUUUUAAUCUCCAGUUGUAAUAGCUUAAUGGUUUUGCUUCAUCAUGGCUCCCAAGAGAACUUUUUUCAAAUAUGCAGUAGAGAAAAAUGUUCCAGCUGAGUAUCCACUAUGUAAAAAACCCAAAUAAGCAUUUCCCCCACAUCUGAAUUUCAUCAUUCACCAACAAAAAGGAAAUGCCAUUGUAGGGUUAAUUUAAAAAACUAUACCUCUAUAUGGGUAGCACUUAAAUACAUUAAAAAAUCAAAGUUGUUGGUAAUAUUAGAAUACCCAAUUGAGCUACACUGCACUAGAAUUACGGUUUAGCUUCAUUUUAUUCAGUCUCCUCAAUUAAAAUAUUUAGCUGUUAAAAUGAAAGCCUCUACAUUAAAAAGAAAAAAAAAAGGAAAAAAUACAAAAACCUUGCCUAAGUUUUGUUAAAUUCAGCAA